GCUGUGCCCUCCAUCUUCUUCACUCCGCUAUACACCCGGCCGGAGGAAGAGUGCAAGACUGCGUGUUUCACCUCAAAAUGCUGUCCGUUCGCGUUGCUGCGGCACUUGCCCGCACUCUGCCUAGGCGGGCAGGAUUUGUGUCCAAGAAUGUUGCUGCGGCCUGUGUAGGUACCAGGAACCUCCACAUCAACAGACCAUGGCUGCAGAAAACAGGCACUGCAGAGGUGUCUUCCAUCCUGGAGGAGAAGAUUAUGGGAGCUGACACCUCAGCUGACCUGGAGGAGACCGGCCGGGUUCUGUCCAUCGGUGACGGUAUUGCCAGAGUGUACGGACUCAGGAACGUGCAGGCUGAGGAGAUGGUGGAGUUUUCCUCUGGCCUGAAGGGUAUGUCUCUGAACUUGGAGCCUGACAAUGUCGGCGUGGUGGUGUUCGGUAACGACAAGCUGAUCAAGGAGGGCGACAUUGUGAAGAGAACAGGCGCCAUCGUGGAUGUUCCCGUUGGUGACGAGCUGUUGGGCCGCGUUGUGGAUGCUUUGGGCAAUGCCAUUGAUGGGAAAGGGCCCCUGGGGUCUAAGAUCCGUAGGAGGGUGGGCCUGAAGGCCCCUGGUAUAAUUCCCAGGAUCUCUGUGCGUGAGCCCAUGCAGACUGGCAUCAAGGCUGUUGACAGUCUGGUGCCCAUUGGGCGUGGCCAGCGUGAGCUGAUCAUUGGUGACAGGCAGACUGGCAAAACCGCCAUUGCCAUUGACACCAUCAUCAACCAGAAGAGGUUCAACGAGGGAACGGACGAGAAGAAGAAGCUGUACUGCAUCUACGUCGCCAUUGGGCAGAAGAGGUCCACCGUGGCCCAGCUGGUCAAGAGGCUCACCGAUGCAGAUGCCAUGAAGUACACCAUUGUGGUGUCUGCCACUGCCUCAGACGCCGCCCCCCUGCAGUACCUGGCCCCCUACUCUGGCUGCUCCAUGGGAGAGUACUUCAGGGAUAACGGCAAGCACGCCCUCAUCAUCUAUGAUGACUUGUCCAAGCAGGCUGUUGCCUACCGUCAGAUGUCUCUGCUGCUUCGCCGCCCCCCCGGUCGUGAAGCUUACCCUGGUGACGUGUUCUACCUCCACUCCCGUCUGCUGGAGAGAGCGGCCAAGAUGAACGACAACUUUGGCGGAGGCUCCCUGACUGCCCUGCCUGUCAUUGAGACCCAGGCUGGCGACGUGUCCGCCUACAUUCCAACCAACGUCAUCUCCAUCACUGACGGCCAGAUCUUCUUGGAAACAGAGUUGUUUUACAAGGGUAUCCGCCCCGCCAUCAACGUGGGUCUGUCUGUGUCCCGUGUAGGAUCUGCUGCCCAGACUAGGGCCAUGAAGCAGGUGGCUGGUACCAUGAAGCUGGAGCUGGCUCAGUACCGCGAGGUGGCUGCCUUCGCCCAGUUUGGCUCCGACUUGGACGCCGCCACCCAGCAGCUGCUGAACCGCGGCGUGCGUCUGACCGAGCUGCUGAAGCAGGGCCAGUACUCUCCCAUGGCCAUCGAGGAACAGGUGACGGUCAUCUACGCUGGCGUCCGGGGCUAUCUGGACAAAUUGGAGCCCAGCAAGAUCACAAAGUUUGAGAAGGCCUUCCUGCAGCACAUCCUCAGCCAGCAACAGGACCUGCUGGCCACAAUCAGGACUGAUGGCAAGAUCUCAGAGGCUUCAGAUGCUAAGCUGAAGGAGGUUGUCUUGAAUUUCCUGUCUAGCUUUGAAGCAUAAAAUAUGUUGAGUUAUGGUCGACUGUUUCGUCAUGUUUCCACAGUGCUCCAGUUGAACUUUGUAUGAACUUUAAAAAUGAAAGCAGCACUUCAUCUUUAAUGUACAGAUAUCUCCAAAUGAGAAUAAAGUGUUCUAACCCCA